AUGACCACGAUCACGGCUCGAUGCACGAGAUCGUGUCAGGGUCUUGAUGAGGGUAUGGAGAAGUGGCUGUGCCCAGGAGCACGAUCUCGCCGUCAUGACAUCAAGCGGGCAACCGCACCAGCAGGCAGCAACAACCGCAACAGCUGCACCAGCAACAAUUGCACCAUCAACACCAGCACCAGCAACAGCAGCACCAGCAACAACCGCACAAGAAACAAUAGUGCCUCCAACCUGCAGCCCCCCUCCCCUCUCCGAGGGAGCUACGGCCCCCCUCUCUCCGAGCAGCAGGUCACCGCCCCCCUCUCUCCGAGCAGCAGGUCACCGCCCCCCACUGAGGGAGCUGCUAAGUCUGCCCGGUCACGCGCUGAUGCCUGGGAGCUGCCGGCCUGUAAUGCCAGACUCCACCCGGGACGCAAGGCGCACCGGACCUCAGCCCAGGACGCAAGGCGCACCGGAUCUCAGCCCGGGACGCAAGGCGCACCGGACCUCAGGCAGGGACGCAAGGUGUACCGGACCUCAGCCCGGGACGCAAGGCGCACCGGAUCUCAGCCCGGGACGCAAGGCGCACCGGACCUCAGUCCAGAUCUCAGCCCGGGACGCAAGGCGCACCGGAUCUCAGCCCGGGACGCAAGUGCACCGGAUCUCAGCCCGGGACUUGAGGCGCACCGGACCUCAGCCCGGGACGCAAGGCGCACCGGACCUCAGCCCGAGACGCAAGGCGCACUGGACCUCAGCCCGGGACGCAAGAAGCACCGGACCUCAGCCCGGGGCUCAAUGCCCACCGGACCUCAGCCUGGGACUUGA